AUGGUUUGUCGACUCCACAAAUCGUUAUACGGACUCAAGCAAGCUUCUCGCAGCUGGUUCCAACGUUUUUCAUCUGCCAUUCAAGAAAUUGGCUUCCAACAGUCCCGUGCAGAUUACUCGUUAUUCACUCAGGUCUGUGGACAAUCUAUUACUGUGGUAUUACUCUACGUUGAUGAUAUGAUCAUUGCAGGAAAUGAUGAGGAAGCCAUUAGUCGACUCAAGAAGUUUCUUAGUGGUUGUUUCCGAAUUAAAGAUCUCGGACCAUUAAAAUAUUUUCUUGGUGUCGAAGUUGCACGGUCCAAAGCUGGGAUCUCCAUUUGCCAACGUAAAUAUACCUUGGAUAUAUUGGAGGAAGCUGGUUUGCUUGGAGUAAGACCUGCCAAGCUACCCAUGGAACCUGAUUUAGUGUUGACAACAACGGGUAGUGAUGCUCUCAAGGACCCGACUCGAUAUCGACGUUUGGUUGGUAAACUGAUCUAUCUCACCAUUAUAAGGCCAGACGUUACGUAUGCAGUAAAUAAUCUCAGUCAGUUCAUGCAAGAACCCAAACUUCACCAUCUUAAGGCAGCACAUCGCCUUCUCCAAUAUCUGAAAGAAGCACCCGGACAAGGCUUAAUGUUCUCUUCCCAAAGUGAAUUACAUUUAAUCGGUUACUGUGAUGCAGAUUGGGCACGUUGCCCCAUUACACGUCGAUCAGUGACGGGUUAUUGUAUCUUCCUUGGAAAGUCACUUGUGUCCUGGAAAAGCAAGAAACAAGUUACAAUAGCUCGUUCUUCUGCUGAAGCGGAGUAUCGAUCCAUGGCUGCAGCUACUUGUGAAUUAAGUUGGCUGCGAUAUUUGUUGAAAGAUUUACGUGUUGAGCAUUCCCAACCGGCAAAGUUAUUUUGUGACAACCAAGCGGCUUUACACAUAGCUGCAAAUCCUGUGUAUCAUGAACGCACAAAGCAUAUUGAGAUCGAUUGCCACACUGUUCGUGAGAGGGUUGAAAGGGGAGAAAUUAAAACUUCCUAUGUCGGAACGGGAGAACAAGUCGCAGACUUGUUUACUAAGCCACUGCGUGCGCCUAUUUUUCAAACGCAUCUAGGCAAGUUAGGCGUCAUUGACAUUCACGCUCCGACUUGA